AUGGAGGGCAGCCGGCUGGUGAUUGGCCUUGAUUAUGGGACGACAUACACAGGUGUGGCCUUCACCGAAGUCUCAGACGCAAACUCAAGUCAACAAGACAUCGAGGUCAUCCACAACUGGCCUUCCCGUCAUGGUAAAAUAGGCACGAGGGAGAAAGUUCCAAGUGAGGUGGCCUAUCUUGAAGAAGGCCUGCGAUGGGGUGCCGACAUUCCGCCAUACGAGAAGCGCCACAUGUGGACAAAGCUCGAGCUUGACAACCGCGGUGAUGGUGAAGUUGCUAAGAUCCUUGCCGAACUUUCAUCUCCUCCGGACGCGACACAAAAGCCAGCUGUCGAGAUCAUCGCCGAUUUUCUCACGCAAGUCAAGGCUUGGUUGGUUACCAAUCUGGACGACAAAUACGGAAAAGAACUGUGGCGCACACUACCUAUCACGCUGGUGGUCACUUACCCGGCAGUGUGGUCUGAUGUGGCUAAACACCGUACUAUGCAGGCUGUCGACAAGGCCGGGUUCAACGCAUUACAGUUCCCACGACUCUUGCUGCCUAUUGUAGUGGUCUCAGAGCCAGAGGCUGCUGCGAUCCAUACUAUCAAGUCACUUCGCGGAACUGCCCAGGAUACCAAGCUCGUAACUGGCGACGGUUUCAUCGUGUGCGAUAUGGGUGGUGGUACUGUUGACCUCAUCGCCUAUCGGGUUUCAAGUGUCAAUCCAACAGCCAUCGAGGAGGCCACAGUGGGUAACGGUGCUCAAUGCGGUGGCAGCUUCGUGGAUCGCAACUUUCUCCAUUUUCUCGAGAACCGUCUAGGCUCUGGAGACUUCUUCAAGAUCGCUGGUUGUCACAGUGGAGAUAUACCUCGUACUUCGCUCACCCGCAAAGCGGCGAAGCUGCUCCAAGACUUCACUAUGGAGGUCAAGGGUGGUUUCUCUGGAACUCAGAUCAACUACAUACUACUACCGAACCCGCUAAGCGCAAUCGAUGAUGAUGAGAGCAGAGGUAUCAGCGAUGGGGAACUCACUAUCACAGCCGACGACACGAUGGCGAUGUUCGAUCCUUCUCUCCGUAAGACUCAAGAGCUGAUUCAAGAGCAAAUCCAGCAGGCCCGCGCUAGAAAGCUGAAGAUCAAGAUCAAGAGCUUCGUCGAUAAAGACGGCAUACAAGCAGUUCGUCCCUCCAAUGCUAUCAACAGCUGGUCUGCGGUGGUUCGGGGUGCUACGGCCAAAGGUCUCGAAGGUUCCGACAACAAUGCGGUCUUAAAGCGAAAGAGCCGUCGUUAUUAUGGAACUCCAUACUCUUUACCAUACAGCAGACGUCUGCAUGACAAAAGGGACAUAUACUACGACCCGUUCGACGGCAGAAAGAUGGCUUACAACCAGAUGAGCUGGUUGGUGAAGAAAGGUCAAGAUCUACACGCAUCCAAAGCAAUGCAUGCGACUGUGGACCUCCAUCCCCACUACUGGGUUGAUGAGGAGAGAAUCACCGAGUUCGAGCUUGUCGCGUGCAACUCAAACGUUGCCCCGUCGCGUUAUGCUGAUGAUGCAGUCUACCGGGUUGCCACACUCCGUGUAGAUCUGAGUGACAUACCUGAGGAGACCUUGAGUCUGAACAUUAGCGCAUCUGGUCGGAAGUACUACACGGUCGACUGUACUGUUAAUAUCUCCCUGCAGUCCUCUCUUGAGUUCUUCCUCACUGUCGGGGGCAAGAGAUACGGAUCUCUGACCGCGAAGUAUGAUUGA